AUGCGCUUCCUAUCCCUCUAUAUCGUCUUUGUCUCGUUCUCACUUGCUCUCUUGCUUUCCGGGGGUGUCCAAGGCAUACCCGUCAGUGUCUCCAAUCCCAAUGCACCACCACGUCAUGCGGAGGUGCAUAGGGACAUCAGCGUCAUCUCUUCCUUGGUUGAUUUGAUAUCGUCCAUUCUUGGAUCCCUCAAUCUUCCAGUGACAGCAACAAAACAGGCACAGGACACGCUUGACAAUAUACGGAAUGUGACGGGUGGACUGCCCUCCUUGCCAGCCUUACCAAUUCCACGGGGCGCAGUAGACGCGGUCAGCGUCGGCAGUUCUUACUCUUCUUCGUCGACUGUUCAGGCAAACUCGACUGCUUCCUCCUCUCAGGCGUCAAUCGCCACCGCAUCUGCGUCGGCUGCUCAUCAGCAGGCUGAUGUGCACCCGGGUCGUGGACGCCACAAUCACCGUCGUGAUACAACCCCAGCAUCUGCCCCGUUGUUUUCAGGCUCGGUUUCAGGCUCGGCGCACGCCACAUUGACCAGAGUUUCCGGUUCGGUGCGUGCCACCCCGGCCAGCGCCUCAGGAAAGCCUGCUCUUGCUGUGCUUCCUUCUCUUCCAGUAUCGCUCCCCGUCCCAAAGCCUUCUCUCCCUGUAUCACUACCCAUCCCAAAGCCUUCUCUCCCGGUGUCGGUGCCUGUCCCGAUUCCUUCUCUCCCAGUAUCGCCACCUAUCUCCGCCCCGAUUCUCGCCGCAUCCGGCAAGGCCUCUGGUACAACCAAAGCCAAGAGGACCCACCACAGAUAG